AUGUUUUUAUUUACAAUUGCCCACAAUGUUAAGAAUCGAGUUAUGAAGCUGCAUUUUGGACACUCUGGUGAGACAGUAAGUCGGUAUUUAAACAAAGUAUUACAUGCAAUUCUUAAACUAUACCCAGUGUUACUGACCCCUCCAAGUACCACAACCCAUGAAAAAAUAUUGAAUAAUCCAAGAAGCUACUACCCCUACUUCAAGGAUUGCAUUGGAGCCAUAGAUGGGUCACAAGUACCAGCUUGGGUUCCAGUUGUUGAUCAUUGCAAGUUUCAUGAUAGGAAAGGACUUAUAUCUCAAAAUAUUUUAGCUGCAUGCAAUCAUGGUAGAAGAUUUAUAUACAUACUAUCUGGUUGGGAAGGAUCUGCAUCAGAUUCUAGAAUAUUAGAGGAUGCCAGUCAUAGACAGGGUGACAGCAAGUUAGUGGUACCUACAGGUAAAUUUUAUCUAGUUGAUGCUGGGUUUGCCAACAGAACUGGAUUCUUGAGACCGUACCGUAAUGUUAGGUACCAUUUAAAGGAGUGGAAGAAUUCAAACUUGUCACCAACAAAUAAACAGGAAUUGUUUAAUCUGCGUCAUUCUAAGCUACGAAGCGUUAUUGAACGGGCAUUCUCUAAUUUGAAGUUAAGGUUCAAGAUAUUGAAGGCUCAACUGGAAUACCCAUUUAGGACUCAAGUAAAAAUUGUUCAAGCAUGUGUUCUACUUCAUAACCAUAUCCUUACACAGCACAGUAUUGAAGAAGAAGAUGAGUGGUUAGAUGCAGAUGAGAGAGCUGCAGGGCCUAGUUCUAGUGUUCAACCAAACCAACAAAUUGAUGAUGAUGAUGAUGAUGAUGAUGAUGAAGUUGAGGAUGAUUACAGUGGUGAAGUCCUUAAUGUUGAUCAACUCAGAGAAGAAAUAGCUGACAACAUGUGGGCUGACUGGAUGACAGGCGAUAUGGAUGAUGAAGAAACUUCUACUUCUGCUGAUGGUUAA